ACCACAGCCACCGCAAGAACGACCAAUUGCUUAUCAAAUGGACGACGUCGUUCCUCAACCAGUCAUCGAAGGACUCUCGAAUUCUCUUUUUGACUGGUCCGAUUUCCUCGAUUUCAACAUUGACGAUCAAUUAUCCAUCUCCUUCGACUCGGAUCAUCCACUGGAAAUUCCUCUGGUCUCUGAGCCGCCGCCAAUUUCUCCGAUUCCGGUAUCGUCUCCGGACAAUUUGGAGCGGGUUCGGAAACGGGACCCUAGACUGACGUGCUCGAACUUUUUGGCGGGAAAGAUUCCUUGUUCGUGUCCGGAGAUGGAUGCGAAGCUGGAGGAAGAAGAGGGUGGGUCCGGGAAGAAGAGGGCCCGGACGGUGAGGGUAUCGGCGGCGACGGCGCGGUGUCAAGUGCCGGGGUGUGAGGCGGAUAUAACUGAGCUGAAAGGGUAUCAUAGACGGCAUAGGGUUUGUCUGCGGUGUGCGAAUGCUAGUACUGUGGUUCUUGAUGGGCAGAACAAGAGAUAUUGUCAGCAGUGUGGCAAGUUUCAUAUUUUGUCAGAUUUUGAUGAAGGUAAACGGAGUUGUCGAAGGAAAUUAGAACGCCACAAUAACAGACGACGCAGAAAAUCUACAGAUUCCAAAGGGACCGCUGAACUGGAACCUCAACCUGUGCUGUCGGCUGAAGAAGUUGGUUGUGAUGAUGAAACUGGAAAAGAUAGCAUAUGUUUGGUUAGCCAAAUAGAGGAAAGGGAAACAUUAGUGGAAUCUGAAGGACAUAUUUUGACCCUUGAUUCAGCUCACUGUUCCCAAAAUAUCCAGAGUGAUAGCGGUGUAUCUUUUGUGGCCUCCGGUGAAGCCCAAAUUGAUGGGGGAAAAGAUAAUGCCAAAUUCACUCAUUCUCCGUCCUAUUGUGACAAUAGGACUGCUUUCUCCUCUGCGUGCCCAACUGGUCGGAUCUCAUUCAAGCUUUACGAUUGGAAUCCUGCAGAGUUCCCUCGAAGACUUCGGCACCAAAUAUUUAUGUGGUUGGCCAGCAUGCCUGUUGAGUUGGAGGGAUAUAUCCGUCCUGGAUGUGUAAUUUUGACUAUGUUCAUUGCAAUGCCAAAGUUUAUGUGGGUUAAGUUUCUGGAAGAUCCUAAAGGAAGUAUACACGACUUUGUUGUUACACCUGGAAACAUGCUAUCGGGAAGAAACAGCUUCCUUAUUCACCUAAACAACAUGAUAUUUCGUGUCAUGGAUGAUGGAAUUUCUGUGAUGAAAGUCAAGGUGGGGGAACAUACCCCAAAGCUUCACUAUAUUCAUCCCACAUGUUUUGAGGCUGGCAAGCCCUUGGAAUUUGUUGCAUGCGGGAGUAAUUUACUUCAACCCAAAUCUAGGUUUCUUGUAUCUUUUGCUGGGAAGUAUCUGGCAUGUGACCUUUGUGUUCCACCGAUGUCUGGUAAGACUGCAGAUGCCAGUACCGGUGGUUUUACCCAUCAAUUAGUCCAAUUACAUGUCCCUCAUACAGAACCGGAUGUUUUUGGCCCUGCAUUCAUUGAGGUUGAAAAUGAGUCUGGACUAUCCAACUUCAUUCCCAUUCUGAUUGGGGACCAAGAAAUAUGUUCUGAAAUGAAGAUAAUGCAGCAGAAACUUGAUGCAUCUGUCUCUUCAGAAGAAUCACAGUUUGAGGAUACUAGUUCUUCCUGUCAAGUUUGUGUAUCGAGACAAAGAAAGUUCUCUGAAUUUACUUUAGAUAUAGCAUGGUUACUCAAGAAGCCUGCAUCAAGAAACGUGCAGCACAUUCUGACAGCUUCUCAGAUACAAAGAUUUAACUUUUUGUUGAGCUUUUUAAUACAAAAUGAGUCCAUUGCGAUCUUGGAGAGAGCAACAUACUAUAUGAAGCUUGUGAUGGAUAGCAGUCUGGCCACUGGCAUUGCUGAGGCUGAUCUGAGUCUAUUGAAGAAGCAUAUGGGUAACGCUAGAGAUAUCCUUUGUCAGACAAUUCAGGAAAAAGGGGGUUCGAAGCUGGAUUCAAGCAAUCUUGUGCAAAAAGGGGAUUGUGAUCAAAGCUUUGUAAAAGAGGUGCUUUCUGUAGUUCCAGUUGCCAGUCGGCUAGAGUAUGCACUGGAUUGCCCCACCUCGGCGUUUCUGGAAGAUCCUAAAGAAAGUAUACACGACUUUGUUGUUACACCUGGAAACAUGCUAUCGGGAAGAAACAGCUUCCUUAUUCACCUAAACAACAUGAUAUUUCGUGUCAUGGAUGAUGGAAUUUCUGUGAUGAAAGUCAAGGUGGGGGAACAUACCCCAAAGCUUCACUAUAUUCAUCCCACAUGUUUUGAGGCUGGCAAGCCCUUGGAAUUUGUUGCAUGCGGGAGUAAUUUACUUCAACCCAAAUCUAGGUUUCUUGUAUCUUUUGCUGGGAAGUAUCUGGCAUGUGACCUUUGUGUUCCACCGAUGUCUGGUAAGACUGCAGAUGCCAGUACCGGUGGUUUUACCCAUCAAUUAGUCCAAUUACAUGUCCCUCAUACAGAACCGGAUGUUUUUGGCCCUGCAUUCAUUGAGGUUGAAAAUGAGUCUGGACUAUCCAACUUCAUUCCCAUUCUGAUUGGGGACCAAGAAAUAUGUUCUGAAAUGAAGAUAAUGCAGCAGAAACUUGAUGCAUCUGUCUCUUCAGAAGAAUCACAGUUUGAGGAUACUAGUUCUUCCUGUCAAGUUUGUGUAUCGAGGCAAAGAAAGUUCUCUGAAUUUACUUUAGAUAUAGCAUGGUUACUCAAGAAGCCUGCAUCAAGAAACGUGCAGCACAUUCUGACAGCUUCUCAGAUACAAAGAUUUAACUUUUUGUUGAGCUUUUUAAUACAAAAUGAGUCCAUUGCGAUCUUGGAGAGAGCAACAUACUAUAUGAAGCUUGUGAUGGAUAGCAGUCUGGCCACUGGCAUUGCUGAGGCUGAUCUGAGUCUAUUGAAGAAGCAUAUGGGUAACGCUAGAGAUAUCCUUUGUCAGACAAUUCAGGAAAAAGGGGGUUCGAAGCUGGAUUCAAGCAAUCUUGUGCAAAAAGGGGAUUGUGAUCAAAGCUUUGUAAAAGAGGUGCUUUCUGUAGUUCCAGUUGCCAGUCGGGAUAUGGAGGUAACACAUAAAUGCAAGUUGGAUGCCAUUGUGGGUUUAACGUCUUCAGACAGAAGUGGAACUGUUCCACUUUUAAAUGAGGAUUUUGUCAUGAGCAUAAAUCUUGUUAAGGAACAGCCGAGGAAAUCUUACAGUCACCUAUUUACUAAUCCCAUUUUGACAUCUCGUCCUCUUAUCUUUGUUAUUGCUGCUGCUGUUUGUUGUGGACUAUGUGCAGUCCUUCUCCACCCACGGGAGGUUGGCAAACUUGCAACAACUAUACGCAGGUGUCUGUUUGACAACUCCUAG